AUGGCUGAGUUGGUGGUUGGGGCGUUGGUGAAAUCGCUGAAGGAGAAGGCGUCCAGCUACCUUCUGGAUCAGUACAAGGUGAUGCAAGGCAUGGAGGAGCAGCGCGAGAUCCUGGCGCGCAGGCUCCCGGCCAUCCUUGACGUCAUUGAAGAUGCCGAGAAGGGGGCUAGCCGACCAAUAGUUGGUGCUUGGCUCCAAGCAAUCAAGAAGGUGUCCUAUGAGGGGAUCGACGUCUUCAAUGAGUUCAAGUACGAAUCGCUCCGGCGUGACGCCAAGAAAAAGGGACACUACGUCAAGCUCGGGAUGGAUGUUGUAAGCCUCUUCCCUGCUCGUAACCCCAUCGUGUUUCGUUACAGGAUGAGCAAGAAGCUGCACAAGAUUGUGCAGAAGAUAGAGGUUCUUGUCAAAGAGAUGAAUGAUUUCAACUUCACACAGAGGCACCAUGUGCCAGUGCCGCCAUCGAUGCAGUGGCGGUGGCGGCAGACUGAUAGCAUAAUGGUUGACUCUGAUAUGGACAUUGUCAGCAGAUCCAGAAUGUCCAGAGGUGGUGUUGUGUGCCAGAAGAUUUUGACAUUGCUAACAUUGCAAGCAAAAUCUGCCAGAGGCAUGAGGUGA